AGCCAUCGUAGCUUCGCGUGUUCUUGCACUCGCGACCGUCACUGCUGCAUGGCAGCCUUUUGUCGUAGAGUUGGGCUCGGAGCGAAAGGUCGCUGUGCUCGCUUCUUCGCAAAGGGGCCAGACCAGCCACAGGUGCAGGCAGCAGGUAGCUCCAAGGGCGAGAGUGAAAACGUGAAAAGACAAGUGAAACAAGAAGAACAAUCAGUUUCUCAGAUCAUCAAGAAUCAACAUGAAUCAACCAUGUUUCAUGACCUGCAUACCUUUUGUAGAAUCAAGGCAGCAUUUGGUGUUUAAGUGUUGCGGCAGGGACGCGGAGCAACUUACAUAUUAUAGUACGAUAUAGUAUGCACAUGCUGAAGGUGUUUUUUGUUGCUCGAGGUUUAUCGCAACCUCGUUGGGCGGCCGGCUGGCACGAUAUGCUUCAAUACCACUUCUUUUUUGAGGAUAUGUUUGUACAGGCGCGAGUCUUUUUGACUCCCAGCGUUGAGGAGCAUUCGCUUUGGAUUUUUGACCACUCCACACAGAAGGUGGUGGAGUUAGAAAACUGCAAAGAGCGCAUGAAGCAGUCCGAGGAAUCUCAUUUGGAGAUCUUGGGCCCACGGCUUCAAAUUUUUGAUGGCCCUGGCGGAGGACGCAUCACCCACAAGGACAUAUCCAUUGAAUUCAAGAAUAAGAACGUGUUCUCUUGGCUUCCUGCUGGCCAGAGCGCCGACGCAGUGAUACAUCGCCCAGACUUGGAACUCUCCAUGACGUAUGGAGGACAAAAGCGUCAGGGUCGUGGGUACUCCAAGAGAUACUUUGGCCACUAUGGUCCACAUUGGGGUUACCGCUUCAUCCAGAGCAGUUGGCUUGGUGGUGACAAGUUUUUGUGGACAGCUGAUGCCACUUUCCGCUUGGGCGAAGGAGAGGCAAAAUACAACUACUUCAAGCUUUUGGACGGCAACAGUGGCGAACUGAUCCAAGCAGACAGCCGUGACACGUACCAGCAGGAUUCUGAGGCCUUUGCCACGAUCGAUGGCAGACAAUAUGUAGCGGAGAUCAGUCCCUUAGGGGAAUGGAUGCAUGACUACAAGGGUGGCGAGACCAACAGCAGGAUGCAGCUGAGGUACUGCAAAAUUCGUCUUCGCUCUACGGCCUUUGCUGAGCCUUUGGAGGGCUAUGCCUUGAAUGAGCGUUGUUUCGGGGUCUUGGGGUGACCGAAAAGGUGACCGAACUGGUGACCGGGUGACCACGGUGACCAGAAAGGCAUAAGUGCAUGCCGCAUGUAAAACUGAUCAGCAGCAACUCAGCAGCCAAUUCUCGUAUGGAUUCAGUUUGCGAAUGUUUGCGAGGUGGGUGCUGGCUGCAGAAAUCACUCCAGAGUCUCCAGAGGCCUAUCACUUCU